AUGUGGAAGAGAGUUAACUGUCUGUCUGAUAGACCGUUAUCACGUGCCGGCAACGAAAUCUUCCUGAAAGCAGUAAUCCAAGCUAUCCCCGCAUAUAUUAUGAGCUUCUUCCAAGUGCCUGUGGCUAACUGUGAGUCGUUUCGGCGGUCUUUGGCCGAUCAUUGGUGGGGCAGAGAGAAUGGGAAGAAGAAAAUGCACUGGCGAUCAUGGGAAUGGCUGACGGCAGGGAAGGAUCUUGGUGGCCUCGGCUUUCAAGAUUUUGUUGUCUUCAACCAAGCAAUGCUUGCUCGGCAGUGUUGGAGGUUGUUGACGGAGCCCAACUCUCUCUGUGCUCGGUUUCUUAAAGGCAGAUACUUUCCCAACUGUGAACUGUUGGAAGCUCCGAAGCCACAUUCAUCUUCUUGUACAUGGAGGAGUAUCUUGUUUGGGAUGGAACUGCUCAAGGAGGGGAUCCAGUGGGGAAUUGGUAAUGGACAAAGGACCAAACUUCUAUCUGAUAACUGGAUACCAGGCAUACGUCCUUUUAUGCUCAGUCCACGCAUUGCUAUACCAGUGGGUGCGACAGUGAGCUUUUUGAUCGAUGAGGAUCAAGGCGGAUGGGAUGUGGACCGUGUUCGUGCUGCUUUUGAGGAUGUCAUAGCUGAAAAGAUUCUACAGGUGCCGAUCAGCAAACGGGGCGGGGAGGACUUCAUAUCAUGGCCAUCAACAAAAUUUGGUACCUAUACUGUGAAGUCUGGCUAA